AUGGCGAGCACGGAGGAUAAAGCGGCCAAUAAGGCGGACGCGUCCAGCUGGAAGGACUCCUUCUACAACCCCAGGACCGGAGAGGUUCUGGGUCGCACGGCCGGCAGUUGGGCUCUCAUCUUGCUGUUCUACUUGGUCUUCUACUGUUUCCUGGCCGGUAUGUUCGCCCUGACCAUGUGGGUGAUGCUGCUGACCCUGGAUGAGAACGUGCCCAGGUACAGAGACCGCGUUCCCUUCCCAGGGCUGGUCAUCCUUCCGAACUCGCUGGAUAUCACUUAUAACAAAUCCGAGCCCCUCAAGUACGCGCCGUACGUGCAAAACCUGGAGGCCUUCCUGGAAAAGGGUUACAACGACACGGAGCAGGAGAAGAAUUUGGAGUGUCCCCAGGGGGAGCAUUUCGUGCAGGACGAGGAAGCCGAAAAGAAAGUCUGCCGCUUCAAAAGGGGCUACCUGAGUCUCUGCUCGGGCCUCUCCGACACCAACUUCGGUUACUCGGAGGGAAAACCCUGCGUGCUGCUCAAACUCAACAGGAUCAUCGGCCUGAAGCCUCUCGGGGACCCUUACGUCAACUGCACCGUCAAAAAAGACAACCCUGUCCAGAUGCAGUACUUCCCCAGAAAGGGACGCAUUGACAAGAUGUACUUCCCCUACUACGGCAAGAAGGCCCACGUGAACUACGUUCAGCCCCUGGUGGCCGUCAAGCUGCUGCUCACCAAAGACGACUACAACAAGGAGCUGUCGGUGGAGUGCCGGGUAGAGGGCUCCAAUCUGCGCAAUAACGACGAGAGGGAUAAAUUCCUGGGCCGCGUCACCUUCAGGAUCAAGGUGGUGGAGUAA